GUCUGUCACUCGCGUGCCUGGGAAAUGUGCCAGUGUGCCUAGGUUUUAUGAACAGGCUUGUUCUCGCCUUUGCAAAAUGUCAGUCAAUCAAGACAUUAGUUUUUCUUAAUCAUUCAAACGGUAGCGACGCAAAAAUUUUCAUUUUCUUAGCCUCCUUAUUUUUAUUUAUUUAUUUCUAACUCGUUAUUUAUAAGUAGAUAAAAAUUUCACCACUUUCCCCUCUAAAAUUAAGCUAUUUACAAUAUAUCCAGAACGUAAUUAAAACUGAACAUCUGAAAAUAGUAGUGAAUAACCUAAUUUGUGAUUCGCAUCCGGAUGAAAAUUUUGGCACCUUAUCAAACUCGAAAAGUGUUUACAUCAAGCUUAAUUAUCGAGAGAUAAACUUUGACAGUUUUUUACUUGUUCAUUUUUAUAUUUUUAUUCCCUGCUUCAUUCUAUUGAUAAAUUUUUGUUCAUUUUCAUUUUGGAAUUGAACUAAAAAUUUUGGAUAUGGUAUCUGGAAAAAGUGGAAAUGGUCCUUGGGUAAUUGGUGAAAAUGGAAGAAACGAUGAAUCUCACGAUUAUGAGCAAGCAAUUUCCGAAUCUGGUUAUGGAUUUUACAACAUAUUGCUGUUAUUGGCUUUUCUACCAGCUGGAUGGUCAGCUGUAUUUGACACAACGAGUUCAGCUUUCAUCUUGCCCGCCGUUGAGUGUGUUUUUGAUCUCACUCUUUUUCGAAAGGGUGUCCUAGUAUCAAUUGUUUACAUGGGGAUAAUUGUGUCGGGAAUCCUGUGGGACUUUAUGCUGCAAGACUCAUUGAUAAAUCAUCUAGGAAAGCGAAAUUUACUCUUGUUAGGAUUACUGGUCGAUUCAAUUUGCAAUGUAACAAGUGCAUUUGUCGACUCUUACUAUAUGUUUCUUCUACUGAAAUUCAUCAGUGGCGUAAUUGUUGGUGGACCAUUCACAAUACUACUGCCGUAUUUGGCAGAAUUUCAUGCCCCAAAAUAUCAACCGCAAUUUACAAGAUGGGCCGGAUUUAUUUUCGGAAUAUCUCUCAUGAUUCCAGCAGCUCUCGCAUUCAACGUUUUGCCAUACAGCUCACCAUUUUCUUUCGAAAUUUCUGGUCAAGUUUUUGCAACAUGGCAAGUUUACCUUUUAAUCUGCUCAGUUCCAUCAGUUAUUGGUCUAAUAACAAUGGCAUUUACACCGGACAGUCCAAAACUCUUUAUGUCCGAUGGUAGUUACCAAAAAGCACUAAAAUCAUUAAGAAAAAUUUAUUCUAUGAAUACGUGGAAGUCUCCGAAAUCGUACCCGGUCAAGGUACUGAGAGUGAAAGAGACACAAACGCAACAAGAAGAUGCUGACCUGACAGUCAAGAAUCAAAUUCGAAAAUCUUGGUCCAAUGCAAAAACACUAACUUCAAUGCAAUAUUUAUCGCCUUUAUCUAUUCUCAUUUUUCUUCAGUUUGGAAGCAUGCUUGGGUUAAACACCAUGAGAUUAUGGGUGCCGCAACUUUUCAUCAUGCUGAAUAAUUUUGGCAGGAAAUUCCGUCAUGCAUAUCCGUCAAAUGAGACACUCACCAUGUGUGAAAUGUUAGUUCCAACUAAAUUUCCAAUGUCUCAUCUGAUCCAAAAUUACAGCACCCACUCGCAGUCGUGUGCACCGUCUCACAUCGAGGCUGCUGUGUACAUUAAUUCAACGAUUAUUGCAAUGUCAACCGUGGUGUUUGCCUUUCUCGCUGGAUUUAUAAUGACCUCUCGAAGGAGAAUAGAAAUUAUAAUGCUUUUCACCUUUAUAGUCUCGAUUGUAUGCAGUUUUGGCGUCAAUUGGGCAGAGCUAGUGCCAUGUAUGUUGACGUUAUCUGCAGCCAUCGUUGUUACGAUGAGAAUCGCUGGCAACAUCGUUCUAGCGGUGAAUGCUCAAGUAAUACCAGUGCCAUUAAGAUCUACCGCAGUCAGCAUUAUCAAUCUGAUAGGAAAUUUCGCCGCUGUCAUUGGCAAUUUCGCAUUUUCAAGCCUCCUCGAUGCCGAAUGCGUCGCGGCAUUCAUGUCCAUUGGAUGUUUAAUGCUUGCUUGCGCUGCUAUUGUCUUUGUUCUACCAAAACCUUCGAAACCACCUGAAAUCGUUUCAAGUGCCGAUGAAGAAAGAUAUUGACAUUCUUAAAAAAAAGUCAAGUUAAUUUUAUAAGUAAAUAAAAAAAUGACAAUCAAUGUGAUUUGUACUAACAAAUACGGACGUGCAAAGUAUUAUAUAAUUAAUGUAGAACCAAAAUGUGAUUUAGAAUCCGAAAUCGGAUUUUCGUAUAGACUACAUGUGAUUUUGUAUAAACAAAUUUAUAUGAAAGAUAGAUCAAUUUAAUUGAUGAUGGUGAAAAUUUUUAAUUUGAAAUCUUUCAACAUUAAAUUCUCUAAUUUCCAAGUAAAAAGAUUUAUUUAUUAUGUAAU